AUGGGACAAAGUUCUGAAACUCCCUUACUCGUAUAUACUUUUCCACAAGAAAAUAGUCAAGAACAUUUUCAAAAUGAAAUGUGGUCACAGCAAGUUACACCUAAGAAUAGCGAAAUGGAAUCCGAUAGAAUGAAUAUUGACAAUAACAAUGAUGAUAAUGAGACCUCUAAUAUACAUGUACUAACUAACAAUACUUCAGUAUCAUCAAUCACCAACGAUCCAAAAAACACAAUAAACAUCAAUAAUAAAAACGUCAAUGAAAUGUUUUCUUCUUCAAGUGUUGCGACAUCACCAACUCAAUUUUCGGAACUUAAAAGUGAUGAUUCUCCAUACACAAAACGCCAAAAAUUAGCAUCAUUAAGUCUCGAAACACGCGAUAUCACUAAAAACCCAUCCAAUACAUCCAUUCAACCUGAAACUUCUCAUCAAAAUAUUGGUAUAAGUAACUCGGGGUUUUCUUCACGUGCAUCGAUUAGUGAAUCUCGAGCUUCGACGCCGUCAUGGGAAAUCGAAUCAAAGCGAAAAUUUCCCAAUCGUCAAACUAAAAAUGCAACUAUAUUUAAUCCGAGAGGGCAAAGUACGGAUGCGAUUACAAGAAAGGAAACCAAACGAGCGAGAAUAAUAUCUACGGAUAUUGAGGACGAUGAAGAUGUUGUUAAUGAUGGAGAGACAAUGGUAUCGACGACUGCAACGUCAAUAAUUGGAAACGAAGAAGAAACCACUACUGAACACGAUACUUUGGAUCGUGAGGAUAGUCUAAUUGAUAAAGUAAUAAUGGCCGUCAAUUUUAGAAAUCGAAAAUUGGUGCGAUUUCAAAUCUCACCGUCGAUUAUUCUAACUAGUUCUCGUGCAGAUGAAGACUUUAUAGAAGCGCUAAAAACUACUGAUGAAUCAAGCCCCGUAGAAUCUACGGUCGAGAUUCGUCCAAACGUUGAAUUCGUAUGGGCAUCAGCCAAAACAAAACUUUUAUCAAUAAAGUUUGGUGAACCUCACGGAUUUAGCUCAGUGGAAAUUGACGCUUCAAAAAAAGACAUGUAUUUGAAGUUAUCAAGUAUUGUUAAUAUGGAUAGCGUCGAGACAGUCUGCUGCGCGGGUGCUUUGCUUAGCUAUAUUGCAAGAGCAAGAGUCACAGAUGAAUUGUUGUAUCAGCAGGAUCAAGGUCUCAAAAUACAGUCUGUUGAACAAUUCUCGUUGAAAACAUUUCUGCAUGUUAACGCGGAUACGCUUUGUUCUCUCCAAAUCUUCGAAGACGAGUCACAUCCAAAUAUGCAUACGCGAUCUCGAGCUAAAGAAGGAUUGUCUAUUUUCGGAAUACUCAACAAAACUAGAACACCAACCGGCAAACAACUCUUUAAACAAUGGUUUCUUCGACCAAGCCUUGACAUCAAUAUCCUCGAAGAAAGGUUUCGCACCAUUGACUGUUUUCUGCAGCCGGAUAAUAUUCAUAUUUCCGAGCAAUUAGCCAGUUGCUUGAAGCAUGUUAAAAAUGUCCCAAAAAUACUGGAGAGUAUGAAGGGGAAGUUGAGUAUCGCAGAGUGGCAGUCGUUAUUGCAGUUCGCCUAUUAUUGUCUUAAAAUUCGUAAUCUUGUUCGAGAAUUGAAUUCCUCAGAAAAUAUACAAAUAUUCAACAAAAUACGAGAAACUUUUGUUGUUACUGAGUUGAAAGAUAUUGGCUCAGUUAUAAAUGAUGUGAUCGAUUUCGAUGAAAGUGCAAACGAGAAUCGCGUUGUGGUCAAAUUACACAUUGAUGAAGAACUCGAUGAAAUGAAAAGAACUUAUAACGGAUUAGAUGAUUUCUUGUCUGAGGUCGCACGAGAAAUCGCUACAACAAUUCCAAGUGAAUUCGCAUCCUCAUUGAAUGUCAUUUAUUUUCCUCAACUUGGAUAUUUGAUUACUGUUCCAUUGAAGCCUGAGUGGAAAGAGGAGGAGGAUUUCCAGAUUGAAGGGUUGUAUUAUCAGUUUAGUACAGUGACAACCGUAUAUUACAAGAAUGAUCGAAUGCGUGAACUUGACGAAUAUCUUGGAGAUAUUCAUGGACUAAUAGUUGACCGCGAAAUAGAAAUCAUGCAACGACUUCAAGAACGAGUUAGCGAGAAUACAGCGUCACUAUUAGCGUCGACAGCAGUUUGCGCGGAACUCGAUUGUCUUCUUUCCUUGGCUGAGUCGGCUAGAAGAUAUCAAUAUUCGCGACCGCAGAUUACCGAAGAAAAUAUAUUGAAGAUAGUAAAAGGAAGACAUCCACUUCAAGAACUUUGUGUUGACGUAUUUGUCGCGAAUGAUACGAAUUUGGCGGGUGGUAAAGGAAUAAUCAAACCUGAAGACAAAGAAAAUGAGGAUUUAACUUUUCCAACAAAUAAUACAGCUGCAUCUUCGAGAAGAUAUUCUUCAAGUGAUAAUAAUCACCAAGAUGAAGACGCAAAAAGUGUUAUGUUGUUAAGUGGCGCAAAUUAUUCCGGGAAAAGUAUUUAUUUGAAACAAGUUGCUGUGAUUGUGUUUAUGACACAUAUAGGAAGCUUUGUUCCGGCAGAGUCCGCUAUUAUCGGAUUAACAGACAAGAUAUUUACCCGCGUGCAAACGCGUGAAACUGUAUCAAAGAUUCAAAGCGCAUUCAUGAUUGAUUUACAGCAAAUCUCAAUCGCUUUGCAUGGUGCCGGAUUAUUUUGUGGUGUAUUUGAGCAUUUAAUCAAUCGUGGGCUAAGGUGUCCUAAAGUUAUUGCUGCGACACAUUUUCAUGAAAUAUUUGAAAACAAUUUAAUGUCGCCAGACCUUCCUAUUUCUCUUGCAACGAUGGAAAUAAUCAAAGACGAGCAAGACGAUGAAAUCACAUUUCUAUAUCGACUUGUUCCGGGAAGAAGUACAGCAUCCUGGGGUACUUAUUGUGCUACUUUGGCUGGAGUACCAGAGAACAUAGUUCAACGAGCAAAACAUCUCUCGACUUUAUUUGCGCGUUACGAAUCCAUCCCGCCCCCGUUCAUAAGUGAUCGUGAGAAACGACUAUAUGCGUCUUGUGAACUUGUCGCGAGAAAAUUUGUGGAAUUUGAUUUUUCUCGUGGUGAUGGAGAUGCUAAUGAGAUGGAAAUAGAAAGUGAUGGUAUCAGUAAUAGUAAUAGUAAAUAUAACCGAGCUAGAGAGAGUAUGUAUAGUGAUGUUGAAGCUUUCUUAGAUUGGGUUUCACGUGAAGUCAAUUUUUAA